GCAUUCUGUUGCGGAUGAUCAGAGCUGCGGAUACUUCAAUAUACUUUUGUAUUUAAAGGAUACAUAUAAUACAUCUAAUAUACAUAUAUUUAUCCCAACGGCACCUUACGAAAAAAAAAAAAAAAGCAACAACCUUCAUUUCACAAGAUGGUAAAAGAGGUAUCGUUCGUUGUGAUCCUGGGCCUGUGGCUACUCGGCAGUCCUGCAGAAUGCUGGAGCAGUGGAUUUCAAGGCGCCGUUCCUCAUCACACUAAACUCAGCCCGAACUCCUGGGAGCAGACGGCGCAGCCUGUGGAGGUGCUGGACUCCAGCCAGGAGGCUCUGCAUGUGACCGAGCGCCACUACCUGAAGCGGGACUGGUGCAAGACGCAGCCGCUGAAGCAGACGCUCCAGGAAGAGGGCUGCAUCAGCCGUACUAUCAUCAACAGCUUCUGCUACGGCCAGUGCAACUCCUUUUACAUUCCUCGUCACGUCUACCAAGAGGAAAGCGCUUUCCAGUCCUGCUCUUUCUGCAAACCAAAAACGUUCACGGUCGUCACUUACACGCUGAUUUGCCCGAGUCAGGUGCCGAGAAUCCGACGAAAACGCGUGCGGCGCGUCAAACAGUGCCGCUGUACUUCCAUAGACUUGGAUUAAAUAGUACUAAACACACACACAAAAAAUCCCUUUCUUAACAUUAACUCUACAAACACUGCAUGACAUACUGCAGAUUUUGUUGUACAAAACAAAUUUUGAAUACACCUUGGUAACUUUUUGGGUGAUGGACUGAUGCCCUUAAUCAAAAGUCUCAAUUGUAUACCUUUAAUAUUUUUUUUUUCAUCUGGAAACAGGGAUAUAGUGUGUAUAAUUUUGUGCUUUGGUUGAUUACUAAUUUAUGGACCAAAUGCUCAUAAUUUAAGAUUAAAUUGCAUCAUUGUGGCUAAAACAAUACAGAUUAAAAGCAUGGUGCACCCUUGAUGGUACCACACCCUGUGAAGGUACAAUACAGUGAAGUCCUUGAUUUUGUUUUACAAUUUCUAAGUCAAUAGCAAAUUAUGAAAAAUUUGGCCCUUUUUUAAAAACACAGGUUACUAAUUUAACCAAAUUUUGAAAAUGCAAAGGUCUUCUCCAGGUCAUCCAAGAAGGGAAGCCCUGUGUAUAGUGUUUCACUUAUUUCCCCCUGCCCGGAUGCUCUUAUUACACUGAAGCUAAUACCAUUUCAGUUUUUUAUUUUUUUCUUAAAUAUUAAAUGCCACAGCUGGCUUGAAGUCAGUGGUCUGGCUCUUUUACAUUUUUUAUUUUCUUAUAUGAAAACCUGUUUGGUUUUGCAAUGCAUGUUAUGCUUAUUGAUGCACAAAUGUAGCAUUUAGUAACACAGAUGUGGGCCAUGUUUUCAGUGCAAAGUUUAUUUUUUAUUAUAUGUAAAUAUAUAGUAAUCUAGUAAUCAGUAAAAAUCCUGUCAUUCUCCACUAUGUGGAUGAAAGCUUUCUGAAUGAUGAAAAGAUUUGUGUACAUAAUGUAUUUUAAUAAAUCUGAAUGCUGAAAAAUCAAAUCUUUUUUUUUU